UCCACCCCAUAUUUUUGAUAUCUAUCCCUCUUUCUCUUCUCUUCUCUUCUCCUCAUUCUCUCUAUCUUUUUGUUUCUCGCCUUUUUUGGCUAAACCCAACUUUCCCAUCUCAGUACUCUUGGAAAGAGAUUCUGGAAACCUCUUGCUUUUGGGGUUCUCUCUCUCUCCUACUCUCUCUCUCUCUCUCUCUCUCCUACUCUCUCUCUCUCUCUACCAGUUACCAAAAUUUCACUCGCAGCAUAAAUUCCAGAGCCGUCAAGCCGAUCUUCUCCGUCUUCUCUGUCCUGGGCGGUUGUCAGAUAUACUCUGCAGAAGUGUGGAACUCGGCUAAUUUUGAAGGAGCUAUAUUUUUGUUAGGUUGAUCUGUAACUUGGCAAGAAGUUUGGAACUUUAACAAGUUUUCGAUUGUUUCAGUAGAGUGGUCAAUUUUGAAACAUGGGUUAUAUGUGUGAUUUCUGUGGGGAUCAAAGGUCCAUGGUAUAUUGCCGGUCCGAUGCUGCGUGCUUGUGUUUAUCAUGUGACCGCAAUGUCCACUCCGCUAAUAUCCUGUCGAAGCGUCACUCUAGAACACUCUUAUGUGAAAGAUGCAAUUCGCAACCGGCAUUAGUACGAUGCGCAGAAGAAAGAAUCUCUCUUUGUCAGAAUUGUGAUUGGUUGGGCCAUGGUUCCUCUACAUCAGCUUCAUCACAUAAGAGGCAAACAAUCAGUUGCUACUCUGGCUGCCCGUCGGCAGCAGAGCUUUCUUCGAUCUGGUCCUUCGUUUUAGAGUUUCCUUCUGGCGGAGAAUCUGCUUGUGAGCAGGAACUGGGUUUGAUGAGCAUCAAUGAGAAUAGCGCAGAUAAAGCCCAGGGGGGCCCUUCAGAAAAUGCAUCUGGUACAGUUGGUUUAAAUGAUAUGCCCAGCAUUGGUAAGGCUAGCGCUUGCCCCAGCUCGUCUUCGGUGCCCAAGCAUAACGCUGCAUCUCAAGUUCUAGACCUGCCAGUUGAAUCUGCAAAUGCAACUUUUCCAAAGUUAAGCUUUGCUGGAACAAAAGGUCCUGAACUUUGUGGGAAUGAUGAUAUGUAUGCGGACUUAGACAUGGAUGAAGUGGACCUGAAUUUUGAAAACUAUGAAGAGCUAUUUGGGCUAGCUCUAAAUAACUCAGAAGAGCUUUUUGAGAAUGGAGGGAUUGCUAGCUUGUUUGGAACAACUGACGUGUCAGGAGCUGACUCCAAUUGUCAGGGUACAGUUGCUGCUGAGGGAUCUGUUGGACUGUUGAAUGCAAUGCAACCGGCAUGCAGCACAGCAGCAUCUGCUGAUUCGGCAAUGAGUGCUAAAACAGAACCAGUUCUUUGUUUCACGAAGCAAGGACAUUCAAGCCUUUCAUUUUCUGGCGUCACAGGGGAAAGUAGUGCUGGAGACUACCAGGAUUGUGGAGCUUCUCAAAUGCUUCUCAUGGGAGAACCUCCAUGGUGUCCUCCAAGCCAUGAGAAUUCCUUGCAAUCAGCUAAUCGUAGCGAUGCUGUUCUGCGAUACAAGGAAAAGAAGAAGGCGCGCAAGUUUGAGAAAAGGGUGAGGUAUGCUUCCCGCAAGGCAAGGGCUGAUGUCAGAAAGAGAGUGAAGGGGCGCUUUGUCAAAGUGGGUGAUGCGUAUGAUUAUGAUCCAUUGAACCAAACCAGAAGCUGCUGAGUUCAAUUUUUAACCAUGCUCUAUAAAAGGAAAGAAUCACCUGAUGUUUAAUUGGAAACAAUCAUACCUAAAGAAUGGAUGAAAUUUGGUGCAUUUUUAUCCGGAGCAAUGGCAAGCUGUAUGAUUGUAUCGCAGGGGCCUUGAUUUUCAUUGGUGGGGAAAAAAGGUGGAUGUAGAAAGCUGUGUUACGGCCUCACCAAUAAAGUUCAGGAGCAGAAGUUUGACUCCUUUGUCAACAUAAGGGACCACAGAUCAUGACAUGAUCCAAAUUCCAACCAGGUUGCAUAGGUUGGCCCUUGCCUUUAUUAGGCUAAUGACCUUUUAUUUCCUUUCCCUUUCUCUGGGCAAGUUCAUCUUCUAUCAUCUCAUUCAUACUCUUGACAAAAGGAGAAUUCUUAUUGAUCCUUUAUUGGCCAUAAUUAUGCACAAUAUUCAUUAUCCCUACUCUUAUAUUCCUUCUGCAGCAGUAACAUGCAUAAUGUGAGGCUGCCAUGGCAUCGUGAGCGGCUGAACUCACGGUUGCCUGCCGGUGGCUUCGAGGUUGUAAUAUUAUCCUUUUUGUUUCGACGUCUUGACAUGUGUAGUUAUGGGAUCCAUAUGUAUGCCUUAGAGGAUAAGAUGUUCGGCUGCAACGGCUGCUGGGUCGAACACUAAACUCUCAGUUGUAAAUAUUUCUUUCUUUGCAUGGACAUGUAUAGCACAGGAGGAUACUCUGUACUGAUUUUUAUACACACGAUUUCGUUCGUUUUUUCCUUGUACCA